AUGUCGUCCGGCUUCGUAUCUGCGGGCACCUCCAACCUCGACGAGACCACCGCUGAGAGCGCCGCCGCUCCAGCGCUCUCAAACGACGCAUGGGCUGCAGCAAAGGAAAAGGUUGAGGAGGCCCACAGGCCACGAGACGAGGAACCGCAGGAAGAGAGAAGUCUAUUUGCGAUCUUACAGGCUAAUAAAGCGAAGAAACAGGAGGAGUUCGAGGAGAAGCUGAAGUUUAAAAAUCAGUUUAAACCGCUGGACGAGGACGAUGUUGAAUACCUGGACUCAAUAUUAAGCGGUGAGCGCCGAGCUGAGGAGGCGAGGAGGCAGGAGCUUGAAGCGCAGCUAGACGCGUUCCGGCAGCAGCAAUCCGAGAUCGAGCAGACUGGUGCAGCGCCAGAGGUGGAGGGCACUGCUGAGCUUACAAGCUGGGGAACUACGGGCCGAAAGCGGAGGAAGAAGGAGGAGGGCGGCAAAGGGGGGAAGUUGGGCCUGGGUGUGAAAGUGAGAAAGACAAGCUCCACCACAGCAGCAAAGGUAGAAGAGAAGGAAUCCCCCAAGGAGGAUGAGAAGCCUGACGCCAAAGAAGCCACUCAAGAGGAGCUUAAGCAGACCAAAGCAGUGUCCCCGCCGGUCAAGAAAGAAGUACCACUGACAGAACCUAAGCAGGCUGCCAAACCGCCUGUAGUUGGGGGGCUAAUGGGUUUAGUUGCAUAUGACAGCGAUGAAGAUGAUGACUGA